GGCUUCAGAUUGGGCGCCUGAACCUCGGCAGCGCCACACAGAGCCGCCGUGUGGGAGCUGAGCAAUGCUGCUGUUCUGCCCGGGCUGCGGGAACGGCCUCAUUGUGGAGGAGGGGCAGCGCUGUCACCGCUUCGCCUGCAACACGUGCCCGUACGUCCAUAACAUCACCCGCAAGGUAACAAACCGAAAGUAUCCAAAGCUAAAAGAAGUGGAUGAUGUGCUUGGUGGAGCAGCUGCCUGGGAGAAUGUGGACUCUACUGCAGAGCCAUGUCCAAAAUGUGAGCAUCCUCGUGCCUACUUCAUGCAGCUUCAGACCCGUUCUGCGGACGAGCCAAUGACCACCUUCUAUAAGUGCUGCAAUGCUCAGUGUGGACAUCGCUGGAGGGAUUAGGGCCGGACUUGCCUAGCUGUGAGCAUGAUUUCUGUGUGCUGAAGGUCUUUACUGUAUGGUAGGAAGCCGAUCUUCUGUGGUGAAGGACCUGGGUGAAUAGAGCUCAUCUGCAAGUUAGCGGCUCUCAGGUCCUUGGGAGCUCCACGCAAGGAUGUCACUUGGCUCAGGUCCUGGUCCUACAUUCGAACUUGGAACUUGGGUUUUAGCCAGUCUUUUUUGUUUUUUAGUUUUUCAAGACAGGUUUUCUCUGUGUAGUCCUUGCGCUGCCCUUGCUGUGUAGACCAAGUUGACCUUGAACUCAUUAUCCACCUCCCUCUGCCUCUGGAGUGCUGGGUGCCACCACCGCCCAUGAUGAUCUUGACCCUCCUACAUAUGAACCAUUUUCAUUCUGUGCAGUGCAGGGAUUGAACUCUGAGCCUCAUGCAUGCUAGAUAAGUACUGGCUGUAUCUCUAGCCCUGAUUUUUUUCUUUUUAGAGAAAUUGUGAAAAUACUUAUAAACAUACUGAAAGUCACUUUAAAAUUCUGGAAUUACAUGAUUCACCUUGUAUGAUUAAUAAACAAUACUAUUCUGUGA